AUGGAAUCGAGUAUGGAUAUUAAGAUAGAAGAGUCAUUUCAGGAAGAGACUGCGAUCGAGCAGUCCCGCAUCGAAGGGGUGACGCUGCGAACUGAGGGCAGCCGACGGAUGACUCCUUUGCAAACGAUUUCUGCCAGUUGGAUUAUCUGCGACAGCUGGGCCGGCGUUGCAGCCACUGUAGCUCUAGCGACUGUUCAAGGAGGGCCGGUGACUCUCACCUAUGGGCUCAUUGCUAUGUUCAUUCUGGUUGGAGCCUGUGUGCUUUCAUUGGGAGAGUUGGCGAGUGUAUAUCCCACGGCCGGUGGACAGUAUCACUGGACUUCCAUUUUAGCUCCCAGACGGGCGAGACGGGUGAUGAGCUACGCCUGUGGAAUUGCGAAUAUGUUCGCCUGGAUUGCCAUCUGCACUGGGAUUGCUAUCAUCCCUGCGCAGCAAAUUAUGGGAAUUGUUUUGUUCUACUAUCCAGACUUUAAUGCUCAGCCGUGGCAUUACUUUCUGAUAUACCAGGCUAUCAAUGGACUGGUGAUGCUAUACAAUAUUGGUCUCCUCCAAAGGUCACUCUGGAUCCACGAUGCUGCCUUCUUCAUUACUCUUGCCUCCUUCUUCGUCAUCACAAUUUCCUGUCUCUCUCGCUCCGCGGGCAACUACGAGCCAUCGACCACUGUUUGGGAGACCUUCCUCAACGAUAGCGGAUGGAGCUCAGGGGGGGUUGCCUUCCUCACUGGACUUGUCGCGCCGAACUACAUGUUUGCUGGUAUUGAUGGGGCAUUACAUCUGGCGGAGGACUGUCGUAAUGCGGCAACAGCAGUACCAUGGGCUCUGAUGAGUACGCUUACUAUUGGCUUUGGGACUUCCUUCGCCUUCAUGAUUGCUAUGCUAUACUGCACUCAUGAUUUGCAAGCCGUAGUGGAGACUACCACUGGUGUCCCAAUAUACGAAAUCUGGUAUCAGGCCACACGGUCAUCCACCGCAGCGACUGUAUUUGUUUUACUCUUGUGUUUUGCAGCGACAUUCGCCCUUAUCGGAGCCCAGGAAACCGCUUCACGUUUGACAUGGUCUCUGGCGCGAGAUGAGGCGCUCUGGGGCAGUAAAUGGAUUGGCAAGAUUCAGGAUAGACUCGACGUCCCCGUAUGGGCACUCGUCUUCAAUGCGAGCGUCGUGUUUAUCAUUGGGUGCAUUUACCUUGGCUCCUCGUCGGCAUUUAAUGCCUUUAUUGGCACGGGCUUGAUUCUACAACAUAUCUCCUAUGCGUUUCCUGCUCUGCUGCUUCUCUAUCGUCGUCGGGCGAGUGACUGGUUGCCGGAAUCGCGCAAGUUUCGACUGCCAGCUGUGGUUGGAUGGGCUGCCAAUCUCACUACUGUUUGUUUUGCAAUCUUGGUGUUGAUAUUUUAUAAUUUCCCUACUGUGAUGCCUGUGACGGGAAGCAAUAUGAACUAUUCUUCUGCGGUGCUGGGAGUGAUGGCAAUUGUAGCUUGUCUUAACUGGAUAAUAUAUGCCAAGAAGCAAUAUCAUGGGCCUUAUAUUCGCGGAUCUGUGGAGGAGCAAUCGUGA